CUAGACUGCAGGGGUAAAACAAUAAAACAGAGCUUAUCGCUUUAAACACCAAUCUCUGAGCGAACAGAGAUCAAAAAAGUCACAGAAAAAAGGUGGGGAGAAAAAAAAACACAACAACAAUAAAAGACAUUUUUUAAAUUGCGGAAUACGGUUUUUAGCGUGUGAAUCUCAGUAUUGAUAUCACUUGCUGUUCUCGGUUGGGUAGUUAGCGAGGUCUUUGGAAAGCGCUUCAGACUGUUUACCAAAGAAAUGGUGAUGGAGAAGCCAAGUCCCCUGCUGGUCGGGCGGGAGUUUGUGAGGCAGUAUUACACACUCUUAAACAAAGCGCCGGAUUUCCUGCACAGGUUCUACGGCAGAAACUCCUCCUAUGUUCAUGGCGGACUGGAUGCCAAUGGCAAGCUGACGGAGGCAGUAUACGGCCAGGCUGAGAUCCACAAGAAGGUGAUGUCCCUGCAGUUCAGCGAAUGCCACACAAAGAUCCGGCACGUGGACGCACACGCCACCCUGAGUGAUGGCGUGGUCGUCCAGGUGAUGGGGGAGCUCUCCAACGCCGGACAGCCGAUGAGGAAGUUCAUGCAGACCUUCGUGCUCGCUCCGGAGGGUUCUGUGGCUAACAAGUUCUACGUGCACAACGACAUUUUCCGUUACGAGGACGAGGUCUUCGGAGAUUCAGAGGCCGAGCUCGACGAAGAGUCUGAAGAAGAAGCUGAGGAGGAGCAGGAGGAGAGACGACCUUCUCCUGAGCCCAUCCAGGACAGUCCCAACAGCAGCCCCUACUAUGAGUCACACCCUGUGGCCAACGGUGUGGAGGAACCUCCAGAGGAGCCUGCACCGGAAGCAGAACCAGAACCUGAACCAGAGCAGAAGGUCGAGGAGCUAAAGCCUGAGAUUGAGGAGAAGGUUCCUGAGGAGCUGGAGGAGAAGGCACCCUCCCCUGUUCCUGUCGAGUCUCCACCCAAUACGCAGGAGCCACCUAAGACCUUCUCCUGGGCUUCAGUUACCAGUAAAAACCUACCGCCCAGCGGAACAGUCACUCCAUAUGGAAUAUCGCCCCAUGUUGUUAAAGCUCCAAGCUCACAGCCCAGGGUGGAGGCCAAGCAGGACUCGCCGGCCGCUCCGCUUAGAGUGCGGGACCAGCGCACCAGAGAGAGGCCAGCCUUCAUUUCACGAGGACCCAGACCUGAUGGAGCUACGUCGGAGCCGCAGGUGGGAAAGCCCCCCUUCAGCUUCGUCAGCAAAGGAAGAGGAGAGUCUGAAGGGAGCGAGAUGGACAGCAGACGGCCUGUUCGGUACCCCGAUAGCCACCAGCUGUUUGUGGGCAACCUGCCUCACGACAUAGACGAGAACGAGCUGAAAGAAUUCUUCAUGAAUUAUGGGAACGUUGUCGAGCUGCGGAUCAACACCAAAGGCGUUGGUGGCAAGCUGCCCAAUUUCGGCUUUGUGGUCUUCGACGACUCUGACCCUGUGCAAAGGAUCUUGGGGGCGAAGGUAGGAGGGCCCAUAAUGUUCCGGGGAGAGGUGCGGCUGAACGUGGAGGAGAAGAAGACGCGGGCCAUGCGGGAGCGGGAGACCCGGCCGGGCGGCGCCGACGACCGCAGAGACCUGCGCCGUAACGACCGGGGCCCGGGAGGCCCGCGGGGUGUCGUGGGAAAUGGGAUGAUGCGCGAUCGAGAUGGAAGGGGCCCCCUUCCCAGGGGAGGGAUGGCUCCCAAGCCAGGCCUGAGCUCAGGGAGAGGAGAGAGCCGCUUUGCCACCCAGCGCCGCUGAAAUAGUGCCCCCUGCUGUUUGGAAGUAGUACCACGUUCAUCUUUACCUUUUUUUUUUUUUUCUUUUUUUUUUGCGUUAAUUAAAUCACAUGUAUAAACACACUUUUCUCCCUUCCCCUUUUUGGCGUUGGAAUGUGACAGCCUGUCCCCCAUUUUCCUUGAUGUGAAACCGACUCACAUGCAUUAUACCAGCUUUAAGCUGAAAUAUUCCUGCUCAAUUCGUACUUUUUGUCGUUUUUGAACAAGCCCACCAGGAGGGGGAGGAAAAACCUGCAAUGUGAAGAGGGACCGGGAUUCAGCGUUUUUUUUUUUUUCUUUUCUUUUCUUUUCUUUUUUUCUUUCCAUGCAGCCCGCCAGUCGACAAAGAUCAUGAUUAUACUUGCCUCAAGCUAUGGGGAGGCCGCUUCAGAGAACCCCGUUGCACUUUCUGAAUUUAUUGGCCCGUCACUGUUGGAAAUGAGGUGCAGAUUGUGUAGUUUUUGGUGGUGGUGGAGGGGAGAACUGGUCGCCUCUAUUUUUAACAUUGCUUAAAUCAAAAUUGCAGUAAUGCACUCGUCAAUAUGCAGUAAUGGGUACGUCUGGUUACUUUGGCCUUUUCGGUGGGAUAGCUGGCUGACGGUGUCUGGCUUGCUGUGACCAACUCAUUUCUCCCUCUUUCCUCCUAUUUUAGCUUCAUUUUUUUGACCCUUACCAAUGUUUUAGUUGCUGCUGGGAAAUGGACCAAGAGUUUUUCUGAUUUAUCGACCAAUCCUGCACUUCAGCUCGUUUUACGAUUCCCCCCCCCC